UCUUUUCGUUGCGUAAGCUUCUCCCCACACGACACCCUGAACUUGACUUGCGAAGAUGAAAGAAACCGUAACUAAACACGUUUUUCAACAUCCUUGGGACACAGUAGUACAAGCUGUGUGGAGAAAAUAUCCAAAUCCAUUGACUAAAUCUGUUUUUGGAACUGAUAUAGUUGAGCGCCAGAUUAACAAACAAGGAAUCCUGGAAACUCAUAGGUUGAUGAAGACCAAGUGGCAUAUUCCAUCUUUUGCUAGAGCGUUACUAGGGGACCAGAAACUUGCUUAUGGAAGUGAACAUUCAGAGUGUGACCCAAAAAAUAAAACACUUAAACUUAACUCCACAAAUAUAACCUACAGUUCCUUAGUUAAAAUUGAUGAAACUUUGACAUACUCACCUUGUGCAGACAGUAAAAACAGGACAUGCUUAAGUUGUUCCACGAAAGUCACAGUGAACUCUAUGAUACCAUUUGCGGGAUAUUUAGAGUCUUUGGUGACUGAUGCGAUUGUGACCAACACUAGUACGGGACAAGAUGCCAUGGAAUGGGUCAUAGAGAAGAUUAAGACAGAGGCUGAAAGUGCUAUUAGAAGUAUGGAUGAAGUAUUGAAUACCAUUCACCCCAGCACUUUAUAACGACUGCUACCAUUAGUACUGUAAUGUGCCGACCAGGAAGGGUGAAGGACUUGUGCUGAUCUGUGAUAGAUUUUUAGAGACAACUUCAUAGUCCCACUUCGGGAGGCAGACUUUUAGGGAAUAUUUCUUAUUGUACGGGCAUGUGUUUUAUUACAAGUCUCAGGAUACAUGUGCCAUUUUCAUGACUUCCAAAGACACCAUACUUCAUUUUUGUGCUGAAAUGUUUUUCCUUGUUAGAAUGUUGAUGAUAAAUGUGAUUCAUGGAACCAUAGAUAUAAAAUUCUAUGGAGUGAGUAAUGUUCAUGAAUCUACUUUGUAAGUUGUUGUAAUGUAAAAUUAUGACUGAAUAAUGUCCCAGAAUUUAGCAAGGAAAUACUCAUUAUUGAAAAAACUUAAGAUUCAACUUUUAAAGGUAAUUUCCAGAUCCCUCAAAGGUUCAAUGACGUAGGGACAUCAGUCCAUCUGUCAAUGUAUCAAUGUUUUUUUUUUUCUGUUUCAAUGCUCCAUACCGACUAUCAAUCCUGAGUAUUUUAUUUAUUUCAUGUGCGUAACAUAACUAAAAAUUAAAUCAAUCUUUUGGAAUUC